GGAUGCCCCGGGGCGAUGGAGUGGGGCUGCUCCCCAAUAAUUCUGUGUGGGCCGUUGGGCUGGGUGUUGCCCACCCCCAGGAUACAAUGGGGCUGUGUGCUCCCCGACCCGUAAUGCACCGGGCCAAUGGGUUGUGUGAGGUGGGUUGUACAUUCCCCACAAUGCACUGGGGUGCGGAGUGGGGCUGCCCCCCCCCACACACACACACAGUGCAUCAGGGCAGUGAGCCAGGGGCUGUCUGCCCCUCGUAGCGUGCUGUGCUGAUGGAUCAGGGCUGCCCAGGCACGGUGAACCAGAGUGGAGGGUUCACUAUGCCCCUUCUCCCCCCAUUGAUGUGGUGGAGCAGGGCUACCUGCAUUUCCCCAGUGUGAUGGAAUGGUGCUUCUCCUUGACACAGUACGCUGGUGGUGUGCUGCUUGUGUGACCAGAGUGUCAGGAACUUCAGACACUUCCAGAUAUGUGGAAAUGGUCAAGAGAUUUAUUCCAGGGAAAGGACAUACCCCAGAACUGGUUCUGGGAUAUCUGGGGUUAAAUGCAUUCCCAACAUUCUCCUUUCUAGAGUCCCUUCUCUUGACAUUUCCUUUUCCUUCACACAUGCCUCCGUCCCAACUUAAAAUGUAGGUGCAUGUCUGAUUUGUUGACUACAGUCCCCUGUGCAUCAACAUAUACCUGAUUUUGCCCUAGAUCCCUAAGUGGCCCCCUCAAGGACUGAACUCACAACCCUGGGUUUAGCAGGGGGGAGGGAUAGCUCAGUGGUUUGAGCAUUGGCCUGCUAAACCCAGCAUAUACUUGAGUUCUUGCACUCCAACAUGUUUCUUCUAAGAGCUCCUUCCUGCCACUGGACGUUCCAUAUGUCGAUCCUCUGAGACUUGCUCCUACUUCAGUGUGCAACCAAAGUCUCCUCCUCUUCCUGACAAGUAUAAAGCUGACAUUUCCUCAUAUGAAUCGCUCCUUUUGGACAUUAUGUCAACUAUGCUGAGGUCUGCAUGUGUCCUACAUUGAAGUCUGGCUCCACGACUACAUUUUGCUUCACUGUGAACUUAAUCUUUUCCUGUAUUUUACAACCCUGUACGUUGUUGAGGUGCAUAUAUCUACUGGUCUUAAUAUUAAAGCAAUAGUUGAUUAUAAACCCUUCAAACUGACCUCUUGGCAUCUUAUUACUGUUUUAGAUUUGGUUCUACUGCUCAUUUUACAAUGGUUUAUUGCUCAGCUUUGAACUGUCAAAAUGCUACGAGUGGGGUAUAUAAGAACAGUACAGUUACUUUCUAUGGCUUUCCUUUACAUAACAAACCUCUCUUGAAGCAGUGGAUUCACAACAUGGGUCGGGAAAUGGGAACUCCAUCGAAACAUCAGCGACUAUGUUCUAAACAUUUUGAGGACAGUUCUUUUGAAAUUGAUCCUCUAAAAAUUAGGAAAAACCGGCGCCUACUGAAAGAAGCAGUUCCCAAAAAGUUCAUUUUGGGCGAAGAUGGAAACUGGCUUGUUGGAACACCUCAAAGUUUCUGUGGUGGAAUAAGUAAUAAAACUCGAAAACAAAUCCGGAAUCCUGAACAUUUGAAGGUCCCAGGGACAUUUGAUAAUGUUGCAGCUCCUGAAGGGAAGAAUUUAGAAGAGUGGCAAAAAGAGCUUUACAAAAAAGUGAUAAAGGACAAUUAUGAAUCUUUAAUCUCACUGGGUAAAGUCUCCAAACAUGAUAUGCAGUCUAGAGAAGAGCUACGUGUCAAGGCUCAGCGGGGCUUGGAGGAAAGAGAAAUGUCUAUGAAUCCUCGCAUAGUGGAUGAUGGGAUUGAGAUCAAAACUGAAGUGCAGGAUAAUGAGGAAGCUCCAGAAAAUAUGAAACUGCAUGGAUCGUUUUCAGGAAGAUCAGAAGACCUGGUUUUCCAAACUCCUGACAAGGGAAUAACUUGCGAGAGUCAUUGGAGCACAGCAACAGAGCCGUUGAAUCUUUCUGGAAGCAGAAUGUGUAACUCGACUCUUGGGAAAGGAGAUUCCAAUACAUUCAAAGAUAUCCUUUUCUACCAAGAGACACCCACAGGAGAGAGACUAUACCUAUGUACAGAAUGUAAGAAAACCUUUAAAUUGAAGAUAGGUCUUUUAAAACACAAGCGAAUUCAUGCAAAAAAGAGUCCUGUAUCAUCAUACAUAUGUACAGACUGUGGAAAAAGCUUUGGUCGCCAUGCAGAUCUUAUUAGACACCAGAGAACUCACACGGGAGAGAGACCCUAUAAAUGUACAGAAUGCGAGAAAAGCUUUACUGAGAAACCAAGACUUACUAAUCACUUACGGACUCACAACAUCUGCCUGUAAUCACUGUGGCAAAAGCUUUAUGGGAACUCAUUUUCUACUCAGUCACCAACAAAUCCAUCUGAGAAUAUGGACCAUACACAUGUACCAACUAUGGGAAAAGCUUUUGUGUAAGAAGACAUUGUAUAACACUGAAUUGGAUCUGUCAUUGUAGCUCAUCGGUUUAAACCUUGAGAAGCAACUGAAUUUAUUAGCUAUCAAAAUGAUUCAUGCAAGGGGGGAGAACGGACAUAUAAAAGUGUAUUGACUAUACCAAAAUUUUUAUUCAAAAAAGCAUAUUCUAAAACACCAACUAACCUAUACUAGAGAGAGACUGUAUCAUUGCAGAAAACAUGGGAGAAGUUUGACAUGAGGAACCUUUGAUCACAUCACCAGAGAAUUUACGGAACAGAGCAAGAUAGAAAUUAGAGCUUCAAAGAGCCUUAGAUCAGUUUAAGAGAUUGGGCUUCUUGAUGUUAAAAACAGGAAAUAAAUGGUAAAGUCCAUUAAGCGCAGUCAAAUGACAGUGAGUGAAAGCACCAACGCAUGUUAGUAGUCCAAAGACAAAAUGUAGUUCAAACUUCCACAGUUUAGAGUAAUUUACAGCACAUGAGAUGCAGGCUUCAUUUUUGAGCUCCUGGAAGAGAAAACAGACAUGGGUAAUGUUCUCCUUUCUGUCGCUUCUGUGCAACAUGAAUGACGAGAGGCAAAAUUUAUGUGGGAUUAUUCUUCUCUCUAAACCAAAAUUCAGAGGAAGCGUCAGCAGAUGGAGAUAGGGGAAAAAAAACAGUGGAGUCAUCUGCUUAAAAACAUAAUCAAACAUAGGUCAGAAAAUCUUACCAAACCCGUGCAUCUUGUUAAAUGCCUUGCUUAAAGGUGGCCUGCAAACAAUUAAAAAACACCUGGUUUUGUGCCCCCCCCCUUUUUUUUUUAAACUUUUU